AUACAGUAUUGACUUGUAACACAGCAGUUAGUAUGGAUCGUUUGACAUGGCCCUUGAGCAAGAACGUCGCACGAACAAUGCUUACAAUGUCCAAUGAAUUAUCCAGGCACCGAAGAGUACAACGAAAAUGAUGACGACGAUAACAACGACGAUAGGAGACGCAGAAAUGCAUAAAGAUGUGACGGAAUCCCCGUCAAUAUCAUUCAUUUUCGUUCAUCAGCUCUCAGUCUUCUUACAAUUCCAAAGACAAUCUCCUUACUUAAAUCUUUCGAUUCACCAUUUCGACUCUCGGCUGGCACGAUGAAAUUCCAACUCGUGCAAUCCGCCAUCAUGGCAUUCCUCGCGCAGUCGAUUUCCGCCGCGGUCGUGAUCCGUCAAUCCAAGGAGGCGUCCAUAUACGACAUGCUCGGGUCCAACCCAACCUUGGUUUCCAACACCACGGACUACAACGGUGUCUUCUACCAGGAGCAUGAAGAUGACCCCAACGAGGACAGCAAAGUCGGAGGCGGGGCGCCCUUUGGCUGCAGCACCGGAAACCUCUGCGAUUACCAGCCCAAACGAUUUAAUUCCUUCCGGUGGGAGACCCAAUCCACCUCGCAAUUCCGCGGCGGAUUGCACCGCAUCUCCGAGCCUCUGUGCCCUCCGGGAACCAUCUCCAAGAGCUACACCUACUCCUACUCGUACCAAGUCAGCGUCCAAGCCGGCCCCGACCUGAAACAACCCUUGAUCGCCGCCAUCGACAAACUCGGCAUCCGCGCCGGUUUCUCCUACACCUGGGGCCAUGCCGAGUCCAGCCAAUACACCGUGCAAUGCAACGACCCCAAGAACAAUCACCCCUGCGUGGAGACCUUCUCCCCCAUGAUCGGCGUCAUCUCCGGGAUCGGCUAUUCCACGGUCGAAGUCCCCGGCGGAAAGGUCUGCUCCCGCGGCGACUCCUCCCACAUGACCAUCCACAUCCCCGUCGUGCAAUCCUCCGACUGCCAGGGGACCUCCAGCACCUGCGGCGCCCAAGGGAUCUACGACUCCUGCUACUAUGCGGGCGACUACGCCAAACAGCUCUGCCCGAACCGGAACUUGGGCACGAUCCCGAACGGUCGUGUCUGUCCGUCGAACACUUUUUGAUCUCGGCCGGGCUGAUCUCCCUCCCGUCCCCUCGCUCUUCGCUUUCUCUGCCGGGUCCUGGCAUUGUUGUUAGGUCGAUCGCCAUAUCGGAAGGAAAUGAAUACAUGGAUGGGA